AUGAUGGCCAAAGCGCUUUACGACGCUGUAGUCGAACGCUAUUCCUCCCCGUCUUCUGCCACGAUAGGGCGCCUGGCACUACGGUUCCUCUUUCCUGAGCUCGCCGGCUUCACCACAGUAGCCGACCUCAUCACGCACCUACGCUCUCUUGACACUCAUUACGGUGCUGCUCUAGAUGCUGGCUUUCUGGCUGAGAACAAGCCCCCCAUAUAUCUCACCCUCUACUUUCUCACGACUCGCCUCCCUGACACGCUUCGUGCUGUUCGUGAUCACUUCCUCUCUCUCGACCCCACCAAAUUCACCAUAGACUCGUUUGAGAAGCGCCUCUUAGAGGCUGAGUCUGCUGCUCUAGCUAUAGCUGCCUCUCGUGGUACUCCCCUCCCCUCCGUCUUCGAGGGGUGCUCUUCCUCCCUGCUCGUGUCCUCUGUUGCCUCUGCUGCUGCUGUCGACUUCCUUGGUGUUGAGGAGGUUGGUGCUGCGUCUGCUCCUGCUGGGAGGCGCAAGAGCGGCAAGGGCAAGUGGGGCAAGGGUGGGGGUGGUGGGGGAGGUGGGGGUAGCGGUGGUAGUGGCGAGGGCGUUCGUGGAGGAGGCGGUGGGGGAGGAGGGGGCGGUGGCGGCAGUGGAGGUGGAAGGGGUGGUGGGAGCAGUGGAGGUGGUGGAGGGGGCGGGGGUGGCGCUCGGGGUGGAGCUGGAGGGGGUGGAGCUGGAGGCUUCACUACACGCACUGUUACGUCUGGUGGUGCAGCCGGUGGUGGAGGCGGCUCUGGGGGUGGACAGCUGCAGCUCUCGUCGCAGCAGCUUCGGGAGUGGGCAUCUCGCUGCUUCUUUUGCCUUGACGACCUGUAUCGUGCGGAGCGUGGUGAGCAGAUGAAGACUCCUAACUCGUUAACUUUGUGGAAGAAGGACAUCGAUGUCUUUGCUUGUGAUUGGGACAUGAUCCAUGCUGGCAUGUAUGCAAUAUAUGCUGCUUCUGCUAGUGUUGAGGGGGAUUUCUAG